CUCGGAAAGAGCACCAGUGCAAACGUGUGCUUCAACACGCCGCCAUGUUUGGUGUUGAUGCUGCCGCACAACACCUUGAGGAGGUUCUACGUUUGCAUUUUGGAGGAAAUGAAGCGCUCGGACUCCCGAGCUCCGUGCCAGUGGCACCAGCCUUGCGCUGCACCAUCCUGCUGACAAGUUUGUUCUUCUCGGUAUUCUUGGCAGUGAUUUCGCUGCGUAUCAGUCGCAUGUUCCUCUCUGGUAGGAUGGAGGUUCCGACCAAUUCUGUCGAAGGACGACUGGCGAAGGCAACCGAAGCAUUGUCAGUGGUGCCUGUGGUAGCCAUCCUCAUGAUUGCGACAAGGCUUCGGGCCAUCCAACUUGCGGGCGAUGCGCGAUUCGGGGCACCACCGAUUUGGGCCCAACUCUGCAUGUACGGCGCCACUUUCGCAUGUUUCUGUCGCUUCCUCACGGAUGUUUUCUGCUUCCGCAACGAGUCAGAGGAGAUGACCCUGGCAGCGACUGGCAUUCGGCACACUGCAACUGCAACGCUCUUUCUUUGCAGUGCUGCCAUUGUCAUCAGCACGCUGAUCAUGGAGGCCAAGAGUGCUGACACAGAGCCUUUGGGCGCCAUGAUGCAAUGUAUGCUGACUCUGGCUGUGGCAUAUUUUCUCGAGACUGGAGUACGAGAAGCCUUUUGUCGGCCACGAAAGCUUGAGGAUCCUUCCUCAUCCUACGGGUCCUUCUCACCAGCGUCACAUGAGGAGGAUGUUUUCGCAUUGCCGGCACAAAUCUCCUUACAGUUUCCGCCGAUGUUGUGCGUCCUGUACGUUGCCAUUGCUCUCCGAGCCGUUCAGCUUCACCUGGAACCAAGGCUCUGGGCAAAUUGUGCCAUGUACUUGACUACCAUUGCCACCAUCAUUCAGCAAGCACGUGCCACAACUGCCUUCGUUCAAAAGGAAGGGAAGAGUUCACUCCUGGGAGAUGAAGCUGCAGGGCCAGCAUUGGGACGGAUGGAGUCUUUCGAUGACAAGUCAAAGCUGUUCUGGUCAGUGACUACAUCCUGCAUCUAUGUUGGCACACUGUUGACAUUGCUCAGCGUUGCGGGCAUGGAGUCUAAGUCUUCACUUGAAACGUCAACCCCUGCACCGCUUUCUACCGCAAUGUGCUGUGUCAUGGCACUGACAGUGGUCUACUUUGGUUCCUAUUUGUUGCUCACUGCAGGCAGUCUUCUUCGCCGGUUCAUGGGGAACUGGGCGCAGUGGGCGCAGUCGACGGCCAGCGGUGUGCAGCGAUCUCUUGCCUUUGCUCCCAUGCUGUGCGUCAUGAUGAUCGGUGUCCGCAUGCGAGCUAUGCAGAUUGGAGUCCGUGAUCCCCCAUACUGGGCACAAUGCUGCAUGCUGGUGGCAACCACUGCAGUGAUCACCCAAGUGACUUGCAGCAUCUUGACCGAGAGCCAAGCGGUUGGUGGACAGAUCGUCGACAAGGACGCCGUGACCAAGUUGUUCUUGCUGUCUGUUCUGGGAAUACGAUAUGUUGCUUCGGCCGUGCUGUUCUUUAGCGUUGCUUCACUCAUGGUGUCAUUGGCAUGGAUGCAGCCUGUCCUGGAGGCAUGAAAGCACAGACCCAACGUUGAAGAGCUGGGCAGCAAAAAA